CAGCCAAGCUGACAUCAUGGGAAACUCCCAGAGUGGUGCUGUAUCCAAGGAGAUGCUGAAGGACCUUCGUCUCACCACCAAGUUCAGCGAGAGUGAAAUCGCCCAGUGGUAUGAAAACUUCCAGAAGCAGUGUCCAUCAGGGCGCAUCUCACCGGAACAGUUUGAAGGUAUCUACGGCAAGUUCUUCCCAGAGAGCGAUGCCAAGACCUACGCCCAGCAUGUGUUCCGCUCAUUUGACACCAACGAUGACGGGAUGCUGGACUUCAGAGAGUACAUCAUCGCCCUGCACAUGACGUCCUCUGGGAAGAUAACCCUGAAGUUGGAGUGGACCUUCUCACUGUUUGAUGUGGACAAGAACGGGUAUAUCACCAAGUCAGAAGUACAGCAGAUCUGCAACGCUCUCUUCAAACUGAUUCCCAAAGACAAGGUGGCUGACUUACCUGAGGAUGAAAACACACCAGAGAAGAGAGCAGAGAAGCUCUGGAACGUCUUUGAGAAAGAGGAUAAUGAUCGAGUGGCCGAAGGAGAGUUCAUCUCAAGCGUCAUGGCGAGCGAAUCUGCGCUUCGUCUCAUCCAGUACGAAGCAACCCAGUAACUCCUUCAGAGAUUCCGUACUCAACUUCUCUUCUACACACAUCCACAGCGAGCCUUGCGUACGACCUCCUACCUCUCAGAUUCUUGGCCAGGCCCUUCCGUCAAUCUAGAAGUUUGUUUGAGGUGAUACUGAAACUGAGUCCUUGUAUAAGCCAUCCACUGAGUGUAAAAGAAGCUCAAAUCAGGUUUAAAAGAGUUCAUCUGCUGAUAGGAUAACAGUGGCAUCCACUUUGUGCAUCUAGCUGCAAGGACACAGAUGUCUGUGCUCACAAGAAGUGGAGUAAAACUAUACGACUCUCUUCGUAUGUUAGGCCAGAAUGAUAGAGGCUAGGCUAGCCAGAGCGGACAAGAAAGAAGAUCAGCAGUCUUAAUCUCAAACACUUUUAACAUGAUUUGCAAGCUGUCUGUGUCCUGAUCUAGUUUUUUGUUACACUGUUCGGACAUGGGCAGCAAUGAUUAGCAGAUUUUGCUUUUAGAAACAACGCCAUGAUACUUCAUGGAACCUGUGUACAGUGUUGAAAAUGUGUUCAAAACAAAUACAAUGUUGUUACCAUAGAUACAUAUACAGUGUUAACUCUCAAUGGGUGUAAAGUUCACGCCAUCAAUACUCUGCCAACCUCAACAGAACCACAGCAUAAGACAUUUACCUCAGGACAAACUCUAGUCUAGAGCUUACUUUUUGGAUGUAAUGCAGCUACAACUGCAAUGCUUGUGGUGAAAGGUGAAAACUUAUAUUGAUUACUUCAGAGUUGCUUUUGAUCAAGUUAGAUUGGUUUGUUCCUUUUUUACUACAUUGUAGACUGUUCACAGGUACUAAUGCUGGUUCAUCAGGACUCCAUUUAGGUGGGAGUUCCAGCAACUGUCUCUAGAAAUGGAUGAACCCAAAGUGAUCACAGAUUCCGUUUUAACAGCUAUGUGUCCUGUGUGAGUCAAAGUUUGGUAUCCCUUCACAGCCUGACACGCCAUAAGGAUCCCUGUGGUUGUGAGUGGAGGUGUUGUGUAAUACCUAGGUGCGCACCAACAGAGACGUUCGCUACAGUGCUUAAGAAAUCUGUUACGUAAGCAUGUCGACUUCAUUUAUCAUCCUGGCCCAGUUCUUACUGGACAUCUGCUAAACAUACUUUUGGUAUAUCUGUCCAUCAGCGAUUCCAGAAAUACUUAAUUGCUUGAUUUUUUAUUCUACUAAGAGGUCACAGAGACAUGUAUCCUGUAAGUCCUUUUUAGUUGGAAUAUUUGCAAAUUGCAAUUGUAAAUAAGGAUGUUACGGGUCAUAGAUCAUAAAUUAGUUCUAACUGGAAUGGAAUACGGUGUAUCUAUACACUACAUUGUAAUCCAAUACUCUAGUUAUAACAUUUUAAAUGCUCUUCAGGCUUGUUAUUCUCCUUCUGUUUUUAUAAUGUUUUUGCUGCUUUUAAACAUGUUUUGAAAUAAACAUCCCAACUGUGA